AUGCUGCAUCACCACAUUUGUCAGUUUGGCCGGAAGCUGGUGUGCAGGCGGCCCCUGGGGCCGAGGGAGGGGGUUGAGAGUGGCUUGGCCCGGUGCCUGAGCACUCUCGAUCUGGUGGCCUUGGGCGUGGGCAGCACCCUGGGAGCGGGCGUGUAUAUCCUGGCCGGUGAAGUGGCCAAGUACAAAGCUGGGCCGGCCAUCACCAUCUGCUUCCUCGUGGCUGCCCUGUCUUCCGUGCUGUCCGGGCUCUGCUAUGCAGAGUUUGGGACCCGUGUGCCAGGCUCCGGUUCUGUCUAUCUCUACAGCUAUGUCACAGUUGGACAGUUGUGUGCUUUCAUCACUGGUUGGAACCUCAUACUCUCCUAUGUCAUUGAUGAGGUGGCAGGGGAAGGUGCUGCCAGUGUGGCCAGGGCCUGGAGCUCCGCCUUCGACGACUUGAUUGGGAACCAGGUCUCUCAGCUCCUGAAGGGAGGUUUCUCUCUGCAGGUGCCCCAUGUGCUGGCCACAUACCUGGACUUCUUGGCGCUGAGUCUGGUGCUACUGCUUACUGGACUUCUGGCCCUGGGAGCUAGUGAGUCGGCCCUGGUUACGAAGGUGUUCACGGGCGUGAACCUUUUAGUUCUUAGUUUUGUCAUCUUCUUUGGCUUCAUGAAGGGAGAUCUGCACCAUUGGCAGCUCACCGAAGAGGAUUACAAACUGGCCAUGUCAGCAUCCAAUGACACUUCUAGCUUGGGCCCUCUGGGCUCUGGAGGCUUUAUGCCUUUUGGCUUUGAGGGGAUUCUCCAUGGAGCAGCGACAUGUUUCUAUGCAUUUGUUGGUUUUGAUUGCAUCACCACUACUGGGGAAGAAGCCCGUAAUCCUCAGCGUUCCAUCCCCUUAAGCAUCAUAAUCUGGCUCUUCAUCUGUUUUUUGGCAUAUUUUGGUGUCUCGGCGGCACUCACCCUCGUGAUGCCCUACUACCAGAUUCAUCCCGGCAGCCCCUUGCCACAGGCAUUUCUCCAUGUGGGAUGGGCCCCUGCUAGAUAUGCCGUGGCUGCUGGAACCCUCUGUGCUCUUUCAACCAGCCGCCUGGGUACCAUGUUCCCCAUGCCUCGAGUGAUCUGCGCAAUGGCAGACGAUGGGCUCCUUUUCCGGGGACUCGCUCGGAUUCAUCCCCGCACACACACUCCCAUCAUGGCCACCAUAGCAUCUGGAACUUUUGCAGCACUCAUGGCAUUCCUCUUCGAGCUCAGUGAUCUUGUGGACCUCAUGUCAAUUGGGACCCUGCUUGCUUACUCUCUGGUGGUCUUUUCUGUUCUUGUCCUCAGGUACCAGCCUGAUGAGAAUUUAAGUAAGAACAAGAAAACAGGGGUGGAAAUAGUUGAGAUAAAGCCUGCACCUCGAGCAGGUUCUUUGCAACCUGUACCUGAAGCAGGAACCGUGCAGGCUCCGCCCAGUCUGCAUAACCCAGACAAGACCACCCCAACUCUGAAAUCUGGCCGCAUUGUCUACGCAUGCAGCUUACUGCUUGCUCUCCUGCUGAUGAUCCUGGACCUAAUACUGGCCCAAUGGCCCAGCCAUCUGCUGUCUGGAGACCCGGUGUAUACCACAGGGGCUGUGCUGCUGCUGCUGCUCAUUAUUGGGCUCACUUUCAUCAUCUGGAGACAGCCCCAAAACCCCACUCUUCUUCACUUCAAGGUUCCUGCUUUGCCUGUGCUCCCACUGCUGAGCUUCUUUGUGAAUGUUUACUUAAUGAUGCAGAUGACCGCUGGGACCUGGGCCCGAUUUGGCAUCUGGAUGGUGAUGGGAUUUGCCAUAUACUUUGGUUACAGGAUCCGACACAGCUUGGAGAAGGACAGUGAUCAACAGCCACCUGCCUCAAGCUCCCAAACUCUUGGCAAAAACAUCCCUAGUGCUGAAUUAGCUUAA